AUGUCAGAGACAGAAGUCAAGCCGCAAUUCCAGUCGGAUUUUGAAGAAUUCGAUACGCCUACUCAAAGAACGAAAGCACCUGUAUCACGAAUUCUGAACUCUGUUCGUCUCGGCCUCACUUUACUGGCGUUAUUGUCCUCGAUCGUCAUCGUUGGCACAUCCUCACACACCUUGGGCACGUUCAAAAGCACUCAUCUGGGUGACGAGUUUCUCCUUCCACUAUGGCCUGCCGACUUCGAUCUUAGACCGACUACCGCGCUGGUCGCAUGCGGUGUCUUCAUUAUCUUCUUCAGCGCUCUGUCUUUGGUUGCUAGCAGCGUUCCAGCAAUUCGAAACAAAACCUUGAUUCACACCAUCAUAUCUUUCAUAGCACCAACAGUCGGCUUAAUCGCAGGCCUUGUUGGUACCUCAUUCUUCUAUGGCGUCAAUUCCUCUAGCACAACACACUCGCUUCAGAGCUGGUCAUGUCAGUGGUCGGCUAUUGAUAUGAACAUGAAACCACACUUCCGUACCUUGUGCAAAGAGAGCAAGACAGCGCUGUACCUUAUGGUCAUGAUGAUUCCUCUUCAAGUGAUCGUUAUGUCACUAGUGGCUUUCGGUGCUGUUGCCGAGAAAAAGCAGCGUCAGAUUGUUGUCCAUGAGAGAAAGGGGAGCCCAGCAAUGUCCUAA